AUGGCGCAAAUGAACAAGCAAGAAGAAAUCGACACUGAGAUAGUCGAUGAACACGACAUUAAAUCACAAGAUGGUUCAGAACUUGCGGUGGAAGGCAGGGCUAGUGUGCCAAGCAUCAAAAGUUUUGACCCUGUCUAUCCGUUCAAAAGGCAAUUCGUUUCUAGUCAGCAACCUUCCAACGCCACUUCCCCUCGAAUUGAUCUUGAAUAUUCGAAUUACGGUGAAGAAUCUUACACACAAACGGUAGAACCUCCGAGAACUCAAGAGAAAAAAUUGGGCUUUUCGAGAGGGGCAAGAAUGGCUCGUUUCCAAUGGAUGGAAGAGGAGAAGAAACAAAUCGCUUUGGGAAUUCACAGCAGCGAAGAAAUUCCUACAAUUGUGGAGGCUAUUACAAAAGAAGUGAAGCGGCAGCGUCGAAAGGAACUUAAGUUACGCAAAAGAUUAGAAAUAAAGGCUGAAAGUCCGGAAGCAAAGAACAAACCCCAAUCAAUGGGGUUCACAAGUGCAUCUGGCGAUGGAGAUGAUGGCUUUUGA